AGGUAGCGAGCUGACAGUAGCAGUUGAGAACAGGAGGUGCCUGAGCGAAGGAGGAAAGAGAUGUGCAAAGUUGCCAUGCUGUGAAGAGGAGAAGAAACAGACUGACCCUGGCCAGCGCUGAGGGCUAAUGCAAGUGUAAAGGUCAUUGGAUGACAGACAGCUGUUGAGUUCCUCCUUCUGCAAGGGCUAAUGGUGGCAGUGCUCCCGGACACUGAGGGUGGCAGCAAAGGCUAAUGGAACAAACACCCUGCUAACUUGUUUUAGGAUUAAAAGUAGCAAAAGAACUGUAAGGGGGGGUAGAAUUGAAGACUAGUGCCUGAAGAAUUAAAGACGUUAAGGUCUAGAGAACAUCCAGAGCUGGCAAGCACUGCAAUAUCUGCCGGAUUUAAAAGGUUAAAGGUGUUGCAGGUUGGUGAGACUUUCACUCCUGAAGGCAAAAAGGGAGCCAGCCCCUUGGACUUAAAUAACCACAGAUUAAAUCUUGUCAGAGGAAGCUGUCAGUCAAACCAGCAAUGGCCGAUGGUGCCCUCUCUGCCAAUCAGCAGCCUAAUGGCAAAACGUCUCCCCUUUCCCCCUGUAUGGAUGCAGGAAGUGGUGGAGGGGGGCCUAUUCACAUGACUCCAUCCACAAAUCAGGACCAGCUCCAAGGAGAAGAGAUGGAUGGUAGGUGGCAACCAAGUGAAGCGAAGCAGCAAGCUGACAGCCCAAUGAGUGAAGAUGAUACCUGCCCUGGUGCGGGAUGUGCAACUUCUCUGGUUGGUGGAGGACAUAACUUUGGUGUUCCGGAAGGAGCUAUUGGAAAGGCUGAGGACCAGAAUUGUGGUGGAGAGACAGAGCUCCAGAAUGCAGGUGAUGGACAGCAACUGAACCGACGAUGUCAAGGAAACUGUGCACCUGUUGGCCAGAGGUGCAGGCCUCAAGCUGGAGGAGAGGAAGAAAAGCAGCUGGGCAAAAAGAAACACAGGAGGCGCCCUUCCAAGAAGAAAAGGCAUUGGAAGCCUUACUACAAGCUCAGUUGGGAAGAGAAAAAGAAGUUUGAUGAGAAGCAGAGUCAGCGUGCCUCAAGGCUGCGGGCGGAGAUGUUUGCCAAGGGGCAGCCAGUUGCACCAUACAACACCACACAGUUUUUGAUGGAGGACCAUGACCAAGAAGAGCCAGACUUGAAAACUGGCCUCUACCCUAAAAGGUCUGCCACCAAAUCAGAUGACACUAGCGAGGAUGACUUUGUGGAAGAGGAGGAUGGUGGCAGUGAUGGGAUGGGAGGGGAUGGCAGCGAGUUCCUCCAGAAGGACUUCUCAGAGACUUACGAGAGGUAUCAUGUAGAAAGUCUGCAGAACAUGAGCAAGCAGGAGUUGAUCAAGGAGUACCUUGAGUUAGAGAAGUGUCUCUCUAGAAUGGAGGAUGAAAACAAUCACCUGAGAAUGGAGAACAAGAAAUUUACAGGGGACUCAGUGGAGGACCCCCGGGUAAGUCAGUUACAGCAGGAACUGGACAGGUUGAGAGCUGAGAAUCAAAAACUUUUGAAAGAGAAUGAACUCUGCAGACAACAGGAGAAGCCUCUCUCCAAACUGGGAGAGUGAGAUGGAAGGAUUUUCUGAGGACUUAAGUGGAAUGGGACAGAAAUCCUUUCCAAGAUAAGAAUGCAAGAUGCCAUAUCUAUAUUGUGAGUGUGUAUAUAAAAGAAAUGGACCUUUUUCUUUUUGGUGAUUUAAUCGGAAUAAAUACAAAAUCUCAUAUUGUUUUUGAAGAUAGCUCUAACAUAGUGUGUGCUCUUUUUUUAAUUAUAUGUAAUCAAGGGUCUUUGACUGGGGUGCUUUUUUAAAAAAACAAAAUUUCUUGCAUUGGGAGAACUUUUUUAAAGUACUUGUUAAAACUUGUAUUUUGUGUUUCUUCUAAUGGAGAGACUAGCUGGGUGGGGGAUGGGAAAAGUGACAAAAGAUGAUGUAAAACAGUCACAUUCUGAAACAAGGAUAUACAGAUUCAUGCUAAGAGUUCUAAUAAACAUAAGGUCAUGUCA